CGGCGUUUUGUAAACACUACAGAUUCGGAUUAACACAACCGAUGCCGGUAGGGAAUUGAAAUCCAUUAAAAGAUAAAGGUUUAACGUGUUUCCAAUUGUUGUUCAUUUCAACACACUAUGUUCAGUACGCGAGAGCGCCUAAGCCGACGUACUCCACAAGGAGGCAUUAAUCGAAAGGAAUACAUUCGUUUGCUUGUGGAUGAGUACUAUGAAACAUCGAACUUAGAAGCCCAACAGCAAGUAACAGCAAACUUGGCAAACUUCGCAUACGACCCCAUUAACUGGCAGUACUUACAGGAGGCCAAAGCACACGAAUUGUUCUACGACAUUUUACAACAGUCUGGGCAAGGAGUUGUGGAUCGUUUACUCGUGGUGCACGCUAUCGUGGGAUUAACGAAUAUAUCGUUACAUUCACCCAUAGCAAAGUUUAUCGAACGCAGCAACGGAUUGCAGCAGCUCCGAGAGCUGUUAGAAAAGCAUAAGGACGACUGCGAGAUUGUAUGUAACAUCGUGACUUGCUUGUUGUUCCUAUUGAACGAUGCUAGAACACACAUUUUGAAGCAAGACGAAAGUUUACUGAAAACUUUAACCGAGCUGAAAAAGACGACCAGCAUCAGAAUAUUACAUUUAGCUACGGUGUUAUCAGAGGAGCUUGGUCAGUAAAAUGUUGGGAAUGUUGUUUGUUCGGAGGAUGAGCACAGGAAAAAUUCUACCAGCGGUUGGCACUGUGAUUAGUUUAUCCAGGACGUUUCGCGAGGACGAUUUAAGAAAGUUUAUAGCGCUUACAGGCGACAGCAAUCCUAUUCAUGCAGUUAGCGAUGGACCUGCAAAUGAAACGGCAAACACCAAUCAUGAAACAUUCGUGAAUGGUGCAUUGCUAAAUGGCGUCAUUGCUGGUAUAAUAGGCUCAAAUUUUCCUGGUUACGUAGUUACGGCCCAGAGUUUUCGUUUUCCGCACCGAUGUCACUUGCACACAGAAGUGCAGUUCAGUGUGAGGGUUGCGGAAUUGCGGAAAAUUGUAACGGUUUCGUACGAAAGCAAACAAAACGAUUGCAUUGUUUUUGAAGGUACUGCGAAAUUGUUUUCAGUGCGGAAAAGACAACAUUAGCAAAUUGUUUGGUGUGGUGCGAACUCCGGCACAAAGUUGAUAGCUUUACAAAAAUGAAAAUAUUUUUAAAAAAAUAAAUAAACAUUUAAAACCACAACCGAGUAACAGGAAAACUGCCAACCGCAAGGGAAAGCAAAACAACCUGAUUCG